AUGGUGAUUUCCUGGAUUCUGAAUGCCCUUUCUAAAGAUAUCGCAGACAGUGUGAUAUACUCCAAAACUGCAAAGGAGCUUUGGGAUAGCUUGGAGCAGAGAUUUGGAAAAUCAAAUGGAGCCAAGCUACACCAUCUGCAAAAGGAGUUGUCAAGAUUAGUGCAGGAAAACUGUGAUAUUGCAGGAUACUUCACUAAACUCAAACGAUUGUGGGAUGAAUUGGAUGCUUUAAAUGUUGUCAUAUGUUGUUCACGCGUGUGUACUUGUGAAGGAAAAGCAAAAUUAACUAAGUCACUUGAAGAUCAGAGGUUGUUUCAAUUCCUAAUGGGAUUAAAUGACAUCUAUGCACAAGCAAGAGGAAACAUACUCAUGAUGAAUCCUUUUCCUAGCAUAGAUAUUGCCUAUUCUCUUCUCUUGCAAGAUGAAAAUCAAAGAGAAGUUUAUGCAAACGUACAUUUUAACUCAGAUUCGUUGUCAUUUAUGGCAGCAGGAGAUGUGAAACAACCUAAUGCCCAACUUUUAGCUGAUUUUGCAGCUUUUAUGGUGACAGGGGAGGGGAGAAACUUUCAGAAAAAUAGGAACCAAGCACAAAAAGGAGCAACAGUGGGAACAAAAUUUAAUAAUUCAGGACAGAAGUUCACUAAGCCACAGCAGAAGUUUAAGGCAAAGAAGAGGUACAAUUCAAAUAUGUCUUGUACUUAUUGUGGAAAAACAGGGCAUAUUCAAGAAGAUUGUUACAGAAUCAUUGAAUUUUCAGAUGAUUUUAAGUUUACCAAUCAGAAGAACUAUCAAAAUCAGAUCAAGGCAAAUGCAGUUUUAACACAUGAAGAUCAUGAGAAUCAGAUAGGACAGAAUACUGAAAACAACAACGAUUUUGGGCAACAACUCAAUAAGGAACAUGUUGCAGAGAUAGUGAACAUGUAUAAGCAGGCAAAGUUGGCACAAGCAGGAAAUUCAGGAAUCAAUGCUAAUGCAGUUGCUGGUACUAUUCUAAAAUACUCAGGUUCAGUGUUUACCACUCUAAAUUCUGACACCUGGAUUAUUGAUUCAGGUGCUUCAGAGCAUAUGUGUUUUGAUCCCAACUCUUUCUUAUUUCUAACUCAACUUCCUCUGCCUUUGAACAUCAAUUUACCUAACUCUUUUAAGGAAAUUUUUACUCAUAUAAGAAGUGUUUCUAUCCUGCCAGGUCAUGUUUUGAACAAUAUCUUACAUGUUCCAGAUUUCAAAUACAACCUAUUGUCAGUACAUAGGUUUUGCAAUCAGUUCAAAUAUGAUGUCUUAUUCACAUCUAUUGGGUGUAUGUUGCAGGGCCUUUCAAUGAAGAGUCCACAAGCUUUUGGUGAAGUUAGAGAAGGACUCUACAUAUUGGAGCCUAGUAGUCUUAAGUCUAAGAGUUUAUUCAAUAGUAAUGUAUCUUCAAUUCAAAAAGGAAGAAAUUCCAUUUCAGAGUCUAUGUCUUUUUCUAGUCUUGUUCAUGUUAAUGCAAUUCCUGAUGUUAAACUUUGGCAUGUAAGGUUGAGACAUCUCCCAUUUUCAGCAAUGAAACAUUUAGAUUUUCUUCAUUGUGACUCAAACUCUGAUUUUAUCUGUGAUGUUUGUCCUAAGGCUAGGCAGACAAGGAAACCUUUCCCUGUCAGUACCAUUAAAUCCAGAGAUAUUUUUAAUCUCAUUCAUAUAGACACAUGGGAACCUUACAAGUCUAAUACCUAUAAUGGGUUAAGAUAUUUCCUUAAUAUCGUAUAUGACUAUAGUAGAGGAACAUGA